UAUUUUGAACUUGUAAUUUGGUGUUGAUCAAUAAAUGUACCUAAUUAGUGAAAUAACAACAAUAUAAAAUUCUGAUAACAUGAUUUAGUUUACAAAUUCUGCUCUUGUGUCAUAACGAUUUUAUCCGAUAUUUUGUGCAACAUAUAAUUAUAAUGAUUUAAACUAACAUAUACUACAGUAUACGAUAAUUAUAGUAUCUGAAAAUUAAGAACAAUUACCUGUUUUUCAAUCAAGCUGUUAGGGUUCUGAAAACCAACAAGUUUAUUGAAUGAAUAGUCAAAAUGCACGAGGCAUAUGAGGUAACACAUUUGUUAAAUGCUUCUGUUCAAAUUGAGACCAUUGCAGCAUAUGAUGGAAAUUUACUCUUGGGAACUCGGCAAGGGCAUCUCUUAAUGUACUCAUUGUCUCUCAAUAAUGAUACCAAGAAAUAUGAGCUAAAAAUGUUAAGGUAUUGCAAAAAUUUUAGUAAAAAACCGAUUCAACAGAUAGAGGUCAUACCAGAAGAUAAUUUACUACUUUGCCUCACCGAUAAUAUGCUCUCGUCUUAUGAUAUUAAUGGGGUGAACUUUCCUUUGGUAAACACAUUUUCUGAUACCAAAGGUGCAUCACUGUUCGCUUUAGAUAAUAAGUCGGCAACAUUAAUGACAGGUGAAUCAAAUUCUGUUCUUCAAUUGUGUGUGGCAGUUAGAAGAAAAUUACAACUGUAUUGUGGCAAGAAGGGAGAAUUUAAGAAACAUUUAUUUGAGUUCACUGUACCUGAUGUACCAAAAGUUAUGUCUUGGGGUCAGCAGUAUUUAUGUGUUGGCUUCAAAGGAGAAUAUACAUAUUUUGAUCUGUCUUCACAUGUUUCCAAGGAACUGUUUCCUACAAGUAGUUCAAAAUCUCUUGAGCCCACAAUAGCUAAGUAUUCUGACUCGUCAUUCCUUUUGGGUCGUGACAACACCUCGGUACUUGUUGAAGAAGUUGCACAGGUCAGGCAAGAGGCACAGGCUAGACAGGAGGAACAAACUGGGCAAGAGGCACAAGGAAUUGUUAUUAAAAAAACAAUCAAAUGGACUGAUGCACCCAUUGCUGUUGUAUGGGACGAACCUUUCGUCCUGGGGCUACUGUCACAAGAUAAUGUUGUCGUGCAGACUGUGGAGCCACCGAUGUUUAUUCAAACUUUACCUGAAUUGAACAAGGCAAGACUGAUGUAUAGAUGUAAGCGGGGACUGAUCUUUGUCUCGUCUGUUGGACAAGUGUGGUGUCUGACAUCCGUCGACAUCACUAAGCAGAGGCAACAGUUGCUGAAAGACAAACAGUUCCAGAUUGCCAUCGACUUAAUGAAAUUAUCAGAAUGCUCGCCAGAAGAGAAGAAACAAACAAUACAUUCCAUUCAAAUGCUUAACGCUAUGGAGCUAUUUGAUAACAAGCAGUAUGCACAGUCUAUGAAGGAAUUCAUUAAACUGAACACAGAUCCUGUUGACGUUAUCAAACUGUUCCCUGAACUAGACUGUAAACCUGGAACCGAAAGUGACGAUAAGAAAUUGAAGGGAAAAGACCUUGAGAACGCUAUAAGUGCGUUGAUUCAGUACCUGGUUGAUACGCGGUUGGCGAUCGGCAAGGCUCUGGAGUCUCGGGAAGUCAAGGAAGAUGCUUCGAAUCAGAGGAAUGUGGUGCAGCAGCUGGAGCUGAUUGAUACUACUCUACUUAAAUGUUAUUUACAGACAAACGACGCCUAUGUAGCCCCACUACUUCGGCUAAACAACUGUCGCCUUGAAGAAGCAGAGAAGACAUUGCUACAGCACGGGAAGCAUAGCGAGCUGAUAAUACUCUACCAAACAAAGGGACAACAUACUAAAGCACUCCAGCUACUUAAAGAGCAAGCCAAACAAGCCGACUCUAGCUUGAAGGGAUACCAUAGAACUAAGAACUAUUUGCAGAAUCUGGGUGCUGAACAUAUAAAUCUGAUAUUCAAAUUCUCCGACUGGAUUUUGGAAGAGCACCCCGAAGAAGGGCUCAAGAUAUUUACCGAAGAUAUAGCCAAAGUCGAGAAUCUUCCCCGUGCGAAGGUUCUAGACUUUUUGCUGCGGGAACACGAACCAUUGGUUAUUCCGUAUUUGGAACACGUCAUUCACACUUGGAACGAUACUAAUUCGUUGUUUCACGACGCCCUUGUCACAAUGUACCGAGAGAAAAUCACGGAUAAAAAAGCCAACAUUACAGAGGAGGAACUACAGCAUAUAAAGUCGAAAUUAGUUUCGUUUCUGGAAAGGUCUUCGCAUUACACGCCAGAGAGAAUUAUUCUGCAUUUCCCUAAUGAUACCCUAUUCGAAGAGAGGGCUAUCAUUUUGGGAAAACUGGACAGACAUGAGCAGGCCUUAGCUAUUUAUGUACACAUUUUAGGAGAUGUCGAAAGAGCGAUUCGGUACUGUGACAAUGUGUGGGAGAAAUCGAAUGACAAAAGCUCAGGUGUUUACGUUAUAUUGAUGAAGAUACUUAUGAACCCGGAGCAAGCCACACCUCUGACCGGCCCGCUGGCCAAUGUCCCCAGGCACCCGAGAGCCUCUAUACCAGAUAUGGAGACGGCUCUUGCUAUACUGGAGAAACAUGGUGAUAAAAUAUCGCCCAUUAAGGCUCUGUCAGUGUUACCAGAUUCAGUGCCGCUCAGUAGGCUGAAGAGUUUCUUGGAAUGUGCUCUGGAAACCCAGCUUACUACCAAACGACGUACACAACUACUCAAGGGACUGCUGUACGCCGAACAUACACAGGUUCAAGAGAUGAAGCGAUUCCACGAGUCUCAAAGUAUUAUAAUAAACGACUACAACAUAUGUCCAGUUUGUAAGAAACGGUUCGGCAACCAGAGCGCCUUCGUCCGAUAUCCCAACGGUGACAUAGUGCACUACUCGUGUCGGAUGGACAAGUAUUGAAAACCACACAAAUUUUAUUUGAUCAAAUGUUUUCAUCAAUUUAAACUCAAUUUAAAAUUUUACCAGUGGGAGGCUCCUUUGCACUGGAUGCCGGCUAGAUUAUGGGUACCGCAACGGCGCCAAUUUUUGCCGUGAGCAUUUCUGUGUUUCGGUCUAAAGGGCGCCGUAUCUAGUGAAAUUACUGGACAAAUGAGACUUGACAUCUUAUGUUUCAAGGUGACCAGCGAAAUUAUAGUGCCGCACUCGGGUUGUUCAAGAAUCCUGAGCGCACUAUAUUGUAAUGGACAGGGCGUAUCAAUUACCAUCAGCGGAACGUCCUGCUCGUCUCGUCCCUUACUGUCAGAAAAAAAUUUCAAAUCAUUUACUGAAAGUCAUAAAGUACCAGCCAUUGGAAUAUGUUUGACUCACAUCUGAUAACAAUGGGCGCAUGAUUCUCAACGGGCUUCUUUUUUUGAAUAAAAUUUAGUUGCAAUAAAAUUAAUUAAUUAAAUCAAAUGUACGUACUCGAGGCUCAAGUGAGAUCAGUCAUUUGAUGUCAAGUGAAGCGUAAUUACCAUUUAACAAAAUACAAAUUUUUAUUGUGCCAUUUUAGACUGUAAAAAUCGUAGCCGCAAUAAAAAUCUAUCCAACGGAGGGAUUUCCUAACAUCGGUAAUCACGAUUUUCCGAUUUAAAUACAAUUCAUAUCAUAAAGCAGGAAUCAGGUGUGUGUAUUACAUAUUUUAAUAGAUUAAUGUGUGAGUUGAGUAGAGUUGACUUAAGAGCAUUACCUCACACUUAAGUCCACCUCAACGACCACUUAGUAAAAACUUUAGAUUAAGAGUUGGUCUCCGUUGCGCUCCAACUAGAUACCGCAGGCGUAGUCGCAAAGUGCAGCAACUAAUACUACGCCCAAGUGGGCAUACUCGAGCCAGUCUCGAUCAAUGUGUGACGAUGACGUGCCACGUGUUCUGUUAAACUUUGCUAAUAUUUAAUUGAAACUAAAAUGCCGGGUGCGUAUUACAUCUCUGAAAGACGCUGGGAUCACAUAUCAUCAGUAAGUAUUUUAUUAAUUUAAAUGUAAAAUAACACGUAGCGUUUAUCCUAUUAAUAUUAUAAAUGUGAAUGUUUGUAUGUCUGGAUGUAUGUUUGAACUUCUUUAACGCAAAAACUACUGAUUGGAUUUUGAUGAAACUACUAAUUAUUAAUUAUUUAAUAAUAUAGCUUACACACCAGAAUAACACAUAGGCUAUUUAUCAUUUAUAAAACUAUCGCGUGAAUUAUAUAUUGCAAAACAACGUUUUCCGGGUCAGCUAGUAAGUUAUAAAGUUUGAAAUAUGCCAACUAAGUGUUAAUAUGCCACGCACACAAGCAUCUUUACAAAUAGCAGAUACACACUUCAAAACAAAGUUGUCGUAAUAUAAAAGCUAUUGUUCUUAGGUAGUGCAGUAUCUAGUUGGAGCGCAGCGGGGACCAAUCCUAACAGAGAUAAACAAUUCCCUGCGUCAUCACAAAUGUUAUCAAAACUCAUUUUAUACUAGCAGAACUGGUCAUUUUUUUUAAUUGGAGUAAGGGACGGAUCGAAUAUUUAUCAACCUGACGAAGCGAAUUUAAAACAACUUGUUAUAUGGAAAUAACACUAUAAAUGAACCAAAGAAUGAAUGAAUGGCUUUAAGAAAAAAUAGAGGGUGAAAAAAUUUAAAAAAAAUUGUAAAGUUUUCAUUAUAUACUGAGAUUAUAUAUAGAUAUAUACAAUACGGCAAUCGGCCAUUUUGACUAAAACAUCGCGUCACUCCUCGUUGUCAUCGCUGCGUCGUUUGUAAAUUGGAUUUUCAUAUAACGAAUGUAUUUGAAGGGCACCCAAGACACGCGUGUUUUUGCAUGUAGAAAAUUUGUUUCUAGAAAAUACAUGAAUGUGCAUUACAGAUUAAUAACUGGUGAAAUAAAGUUUUCUGCAAACUAAUAGACGUGCACCGAAGUAAUUGAUAAUAUAUCCAAAAUUUGUCAUCAUGCCUCUUGUAACGGUUUAGAAGUCGACCUAAUGCGUAUUUUGUGUCGUUCAGCUUAAAAUUUAAGAGUUCGUAAUUUAGAAGUCCAGGGAAUCAUCAUGUCAAUGACUUUUAGUCGGUCUUCCACGUCGUAAUGUAGGUAUAGAAAUGUUGUUAUUAAAGGUGUUUCUAUACUUACUGUAAAGUUAAAACAUAGCCUAGUUUGUAAAUAACAGGUACAUUAUUUGGUUGUUUAUAAAUGAUGAAAUACUUUUAAAUUUCAUAUAAAUUCGCCCGUGUAUUAAGGCAACGUUUUCCUACUAAAUAUUUUAUUGUAUAUUAUAUAAAGCAUUCCUAAGUAUAUUAUAUUAUUAAAGGAAUUGUGCGCUUAAGUUAAAUGUUAUGCUAUUCUAUAUAGAAGGCUCUUGUCGUACAUUCAGAGCGGUGAUUCCCAUGGUGCGUGCUCCCUCACACUCAUGGGCCACUACUGCUUGAUAAUAUAAGUACCUAUUUAUGUCUCCGUGUGUUGGAUUAUGGCGAGAAUUAUAGCAAUGUAUUUGUAAAUUUGUAUAUUUAGCUAAAAUAAACAUUUAUUUAUAA